GGGCGCGCCGCCAAACGCCGAUUCGGCAGCCUGCUCCGCGCGAGAAGCGCUCCUCCGGCUCCAGCCGUUUCGCGCUACGCCCCCAAGGCCCGCUCCCGAUUCGCCUCCUUCUCCGCUAGGAUCCGUCGGCGGCGGCGGCGGUCUCCGCGGGCCCUCCUCUCCCUCAACCGCGGCCUGGAGGGCUUCUCGAGCCGCAGAGACCUCCCACUGCUCGCCCUACACCACACCACGGCGGCCUCCCGCGCCGUCGAGCGGGAGCGCUACCAAACAUGGAGCUUAGCUGGAGCGGGAGCGCGUGGGAGCUUGUUGGGGGUCCUACCAAACAGGCCCUCCAACACUAACCGAGCGGCGCCUUGCCGCCUUCCUUAGCCGUCGCCCAUGGAAAAGUUCCUCGUGGCGGCGCCGCCUCAUUCUGGCGAGGAGCCCGCGCCGCCUCCGAGGAGACACCGGUGGAGGCGCAUCACUGUGGAGCUGGACGGCCGCAUCGAUGCCAGGUUCCGGCACCGGGAGUCGCGCCUCCUUCUCAAUUCUUUCGCCGAGAUUGGGGCAUUCGAUCACAAGUAUUACAUGCAUGGCGAGGAACGGUGUCGGACAUAUGUGGAUCGAAUGAUUAGUGCUUCAACUGUAGAUUUUCAUCCAUCAAGGGAGGGUGUUUCGGCAAUAGAAUUUGAUAGAAAGGGAAUAUACCUUGCAUCAGUGACGCUCUCAGGGUGUCUGACAGUGCAUGACUUUGAGACCUUGUACUGCUCUAAAUACAGCCCAUCAUGCAGUAUGCCAGAUGAAUCAUCAAAUUAUGUGAUCCAUAUAUCUAACCGAAUUCCCCUAAAUUCUGUGCGAUGGAAUCCAGGAAACCAAGACGAGAUUGCUUGCACAUCAAGUCAAAGUGACAAAGUUUUCCUCUUUGAUAUUGGCUAUGUCUCAUCAGCACCAACUGAAGUUUUGCAUAAAGGAAAAUCCAAAUUCCCUGCGCUCUACUCUGAAUCAUGCAAGAGUCUGACUGAUAUAACUUUUACUUCAGAUGAUAAGUCACGGAUGUUUGCGUGUGGCCUUGAUGGGGCAGUGUACAUGUGGGACAGGCGGUCAAGUAAGACACACUGUCUUGAGCUUAUGGCAUCUCCAGAAUCUCAGUUCAACACUGUCAAGCUAACAGUGGAUAAUCGGACUGUGUUUGGUGCAACUAAAAAUGGCACAAUCCAUGUUUGGGAUCUCCGUGGAGGGAGGGCAUCAGCUGCUUUUCAAAGCCACAAUGAGGUUCAACAAUUGCUAUCCGUGAAGCUAUCAACGUUGUUGGGCAAAAUUGCAUCACUAAAGGAACAAUCAAACAUUGUUUCAAGUCCAAUUCUAUCUAUAGACUUCAACCCUAGUUGUUCAUAUCAGUUGGCCUUCCAUCUUGAUGAUGGCUGGUCUGGAGUCCUGAAUAUUAACAACCUCAAUGUGACACACCUUCACUGCCCUCCUCCUGCUUGGUUGGAGAGUACGGACUUGGUGCUGCGAAACCAGUUAAGAAAGCCAACCUGGCUGCCGACAUCUUCUAUUUAUGCAGUUGGAUCUUCGUCAUAUGAUGGUAUUUAUCUACUGGACUUUCAUCCAGAUACGAGCUCCGCAUGCCAUGUGGACUACAAAGAGGAAGCAAGAGUCUCCGAGGAAAAUCAACCUGCAGAAAACAAGUUUGUUCCUUUAUCCCAAAGGGUGCUUUGUUGUGCAGCCCAUCCACUCAAUCACACCAUAAUUGCCGGUACACAGUUCUCAUCGUUGCUCAUGUUAUCACAAAAGUACAAGACUAUCAGGAAUCCAGAGUCAUGAAAACCUGCCAUUUCCUCCAUGCAACAUCUCCAAUUCUGCAUUUGCAGAAUCACAAUGGUGUUUGUUCAUUGCCAGCGUGCAAUAAAGAAUUAUGUGCAGCAUGGCGACCUUGCUGGUGCCACUGAGUCUUCAGAUCUAGUUGGCCGGUCAACAGGUUCAAAGUGCUGCCAAUAACCGGCUUCCAAGAACUGAUGAAUACACCGCCAUUCACACAAAUGCUCCGUGUAUGCUGGUAUCGCCGCAGCCUGUGCUAAAUUCUGUACAUUAUCUCCGCUUCUCCAAGUUGUUUGGCCAAUUUUUACAUCUCUCGAUGUGCCCUGAGAGGCGGGGAGAUCUAUCUUUAACUGCAAGGUUCAGGUGCAGAGUGUAAUAUCAUAGGCUAGGGGAUCUUGUACAUUCUCUAGGAAUGACACUGUUCCUAAUGUUCUUCAGUUCAUAACCACCAGGGAUGACUUCCAAGUUCCAAUCCUACAGUUUCUUUCAUUA